UGUUCUCCUCGUGGACGUGCUGUUCAUGGAUGUAAGCAGACCAGUACUGGAAUGAAACAAAUUGAUAGUACUUGUACCUUGUAGUUAAUUUAAGAAGAUAAAUAGUAUGGCGUCUGCUGGGACCGAGUCGGAAGAAAACAGACAGCAGGCGCUGGCUGUGGGGAAACUCUUCCGUGGACAGUACGAGGAGGAAGAAAUUUUGACCUUGCUCAAGAAAUUCAAAUUUGAUGAUGAUGAGACGGUCAAAUUUAUCAUGAACCAUGAACCAAAAGAAGUCCGGGACACUAUCUAUCAGAUUUCUCUACCCCGAAGUGAGGAGGCGAAGAUUUCAAGCAUCCAAGAAGUACAGAUUCCACGCUCUCUUCGUCAGUUUGCCUGUGAGGGCUGCGACAAAGUUUGGUGGGAUAGGGUGUCUAACCGAAAACCGGUAUCGAAGUGCAAAACGUGCGAAGAGAGGUAUGAUCCUGUGCCGACGGAGUACGAAUGGGGGGUAGCUAGAUUCCGUUGUGACUGUGGACGUAGCUUCACUGGUUUUUGUCAGCGAAUAAAUAGUAGUCCGUGUUACAAAUGUGAUGCCCAGGUGUUUCCUACAGCCAUCCUUCCCCCCAGUCGUGGCCAAGGCCCAAGACAGAGUAAGAAUCAGCACUGCUGUGAUGCCCCAAACUGUCCUCACGCUCAGCCGCAUAGCCGCGGAAAAAUAGAGGGGCGGCACAAUAAGGAGGGUUCCCACUCCAGCUCGACUGAUGGGAGGAAAACUGAUAUCGACAAACCACCACCGAAGACCUGCUUGAAAGCUAAAGCGAACAACGUGCUUUAUCCCAGCAAUAUCCACGUCAGCUCUGGAUCCACGGUCGCUUCGUUUCGUCCAGAUACCGACUAGGGAAAAUUCCUAUUCUGUUGCAUCUAGCAGUCUUUGUACGAUCUGUGCGACGUCUCUGACGACACGGGGUCUGACAGCAGCUGACACCGCGUGUGGACUACGAUGACUGGUAGUAAUUUGGGGAGGUUUCUGGACGACUUGUGUGGUUCGAAUUUGUUACUUACAGCCUGUUGUUUUGUAGAAUAUACAUGAAAUAUAGUUUUGGUAGUCAGUUUAUAUAGUCUUACUGAUCAAGAUUCGUGACUUGAUAAGUUUAAUCGCCAUUAUCUACUGUGCCUUUUUAAUGUAAUUUUUGUAUACGCAAUGUAUAACGUUAUAAAAUGCUAUGCAUUAGGUGGUCAGAUGUUUCUGUUCAUUGUUACAUAAUAUCUUUCAGAAGUGAAAGUUUAUAACCUGUACCAGAAUCAAUUGAUAAUCGGUGCUUAAGAAGUCAAUUUUAUAUUAGUUAUUAAAACUUGUUCACGUCAGACUAAAAAUAUUAAUCCGUUAAUUUUAACAGAUAAUCUCUUGUCUGAGUGAUGCUGGAAUGUAUUCUGUUAUUGCAGCAGAUUGUUCUGUUAAAUACAACCAACAUAUACUGUAAUUCAACAUAAAGAUUCUAUCAGACUAACAGGGUAUUAUGUUGAAUAUGACAGAAUAUUGUUACAUUCUAUCAUCAAUUAGACAACAGACUUUCUGAUAAAAUUAACAGACCCGGAUGCAACUCAAACUUUCUAAAACACAUACAUCAAGAAUAUAUGGAGUUAGUGUUUAUAUUGUAACUGAGGUCGUGACUUUUUCGUCAUGUUCGAAACAAAUUAUUAUUUUUUUUUUUGAGAGACAGCUGUAUUCAAGCAUGUCGACGGAUUCUUCCAUGUGGUCCACGGAUCAGCGUCGUCGUCUUCUUAAGGGCUCAGCUUUCGCCCCAUUACUAUUUAUUAUCAUAUUAAUGACAUGCCAUUGUAUAUUUUCUCUCCCACUGUGAUAUUUGAUACAAAUGUGUUUUCGGCUGAUAAGAACGUGGAAAAUAUUAAUCUGCGGCUAUAAAACAGAUCUGCGAAAUCUGACUAUUUGGUGCCUAUCAAACAAAAAAGUUGCGAAAUAUUAGCAACCAAAAACUAAAUUAACGAUGGUAGCAGUCAAAAACGCUUGCGUACGAGCAUUAUAGGCUUACGGAUCGGGGUAUUGCCCUAAAUUGUUAGAUCGUGCAUACAUCAACCAAUGAAAAUUAUUUAUUUAUUUGAUUGGUGUUUUACGCCGUACUCAAGAAUAUUUCACUUAUCCAGUGGCGGCCAGCAUAAUGGUGGGAGGAAACCGGGCACAGCCCAGGGAAAACUCACGACCAUCCGCAGGUUGCUGAAGACCUUCCCCACGUACGGCCGGAGAGAACCAAGGAAAGGCUUUUCGGGAUUAAAACUAACAAAUGUCUAUUGUUGGCUGAUCACAUUAGACAGUAUAUAUAUAUAGAAUAAAGGAAAUGCAAAAUUAGCCUAGAAAUAUCAAGAAACUCUCGCACCUAGACACUAGGAAACUAUACAAUGUUUUUUCAGCCUAAUUUUAAAGUCUGUACCGCUCAAGUGCUUGUAACGCAGGUGACAAUAAUGCGAAAUAAUAGGAAAGUCUCAGAUAAGGGCUAUGCACGAUGAAACAAGCAUGUACCCAGGAGAAAUGUGUAUUAAGCUACAUUUCCCCUGUGACAAUAUGUUUAAAGACGAAUAUAUCUGUACUUGUUUUCUAAAGCAUUCGUGGAUUGGUGCAAUUCUGUUUAGAAAGCGUCAUUAACAAAUAUGAUCCAGCAAUGCCAUGCAACGGUUUGGAAGUAAAAGACUUUUGAAUGUACCUGGAAAUGUACAGAACAGAAAUUUAUAAAUGUAUACUUUUAGAAUCCCAUAAAGGUCAUUUUUCGCGCAAUUAUGUUAAAAAAUGUGAUAGUUUGUGAUUUUUAAAAAGCUUGAAAAUACUUGUCUUAAUCAUCGAAAGAAUUAUUGUCAAUGUUUUAAUGCCAUGUAGGAUUUUCUUUGAAUUGUACUAUUUUGUCUUAAUCGGGACAGCAAAUUUUUAUAAUGCCUAGAUUUGUAGUGCAUUCUAAAAUGUUUAGACCUGAGAAUUUUUCUUUCCAUUCCCAUUUUAGCUUUCAGAAACACAGAUCUGCUGGCCUGCUCUCCCGUUCACUAAUUUGAGAUCACUACCGAUCUCAGAAUUAUAGCCAUGUAGUUGUGCGUAUUUUUUGUAGGGCCUAUUUUGUUAUAUAGUCCCACUUGCGUGAAAAGAGGCUUUUACGAAUAAAGGCUAUCUUUCACGGUCUCUGACCUUUCCAUGUGUGUGUUUGUUGCUGCGGAACGGUUGGACAUUUUCGUACGGAUUUCGUGACACUCAUUUGACCGCCUUUUAAACAAAAUAGGCAUACUACUAAAAUCAGGACUGGUUUAUACUUGAGUCAAACUAUGUAUCACAUUGGUGAAUAUUUUCAUUUAUAAACGCCGCCAGGUUUAUUGGUAUAAAGAACGUAAAAAUAUCGAAGGAAAACACUAAAUAUACACAUAGGGGACGAGUCCAUAUGACUGAAGAUGGGUUCGUGUUAGAAGAAAUCGUCGCAGUUUACUUGACAGGCGUAGUCCAUUUGGCAACAGAUGGAGUUGUGUUAAGGGAAAAACAUGGUAUCAUGGCGUCGUCCAUUUAGCUAGAGAGGAGAUUUAACAGGUAUCUGGCGAAGUGAGUCUUUCCUCGGCCUAGAUCCGCGAUUAGGUCAGCAUCGUUCCAGUACAUGUAUAUGAUUUCAGAAAAUAAACCAACCAGAAAGAAGGUCAAGUAUAUUGACUGAACACUACUCACGCGUAACAUGUUGAUCUUCGUUGUCACAGUAACAUGGCCUAAUUUCCCGCGUAAUCUUACGCUAUCACGCAUGGCAAUACCUGGUAUACCCACGGUCAAGUCUGCUCAUGUAGCAUGGUCAUUGGACUGUUAAAAACAACAACAACGAGAAUGUAUUGAAGUCAAUCGAUCCUAUCUGCAUAGCUUUCAGUCACUUGAUACUGGCAGCCAUCCUGCAUGUUAAUCUUUGUACAGAGACCCCCUUACCUCAUCGCUUUAAGCACUCUCCUUGAGGUUGGGAGAUUAGUAUAUUAUUUGAUCCGCUACCAGGCUAUCCCAUGUACACUAGGUAAGGUGUGACUGCAUUAUUGUACAUAACUAAAAAUCAUUAUAAUUUUAAUUAGAGGAAGAAACUAUAACCCCGUCACUUCUUUCCCUUCUGAAGA